CACGCACACACACACUCAAAGCUACCUCUUAAAGACAGCUCCCACUAGCUCUUACAACGAGCCAGCUUGCACUACAGAGAAGAGGCAAUGAACAGCAGGGAGUGGUUUCCUGCACUGGGACUGGUGGCCUGGCUGUGCUUCCUCAGUCUGGGGCCGGUUCAGGGGGGGAAGGUGCUGGUUGUGCCUGUAGAUGGGAGUCACUGGCUCAGCAUGAAGAUACUGGUAAAGGAGCUCAGGGAAAGGGGCCAUGAGGUCUUGAUGCUGGUGCCCGAAAGCAGCCUGUUGAUCAAAGGCUCAGAGAGCUUCAAGACUGAAGUCUACCAAGUGCCAUUUACCAAAGCUGAACUGGAUGGAGUAUUCAGCGAUCUGCAGGAUGGAGUGUUCCUCGAGCCACCCCAUUUCACAGAUUUGUUUAUUAAUUUGGAGCGUUUGGUUAACUUUACUUCAAUGCAGGUGAAAGCCUGCGAGAGUUUACUGAACAACCAGCCUCUAAUGGGUCAACUGAAGGAAGGGGGCUUCGAUCUUUUGCUUACAGACCCUUUCCUUCCAUGCGGCUCCAUCCUGGCUCAUAUCUUUUCCAUUCCAGCGGUUUAUUUCCUGCGUGGACUUCCAUGUGAACUGGAUAUAAAAGCUAACAAGUGCCCUUCUCCUCAAUCCUACAUUCCUGUGGCCUACUCUGGUAACACAGACAUCAUGACCUACCCACAGAGAGUCAAAAACAUGUUCUUCUCUAUUUUGGAGUCCUACGUGUGCAAAAUGAUCUAUGGCCACUUUGACGAUCUCGUCAGCAGUUAUUUAGGAGACAACAUGACCUACAAGGAACUUCUCAGUAAUGGCGCUAUCUGGCUUCUCAGAUACGACUUUACUUUUGAAUAUCCCAGACCUCUCUUGCCAAACAUGUUUUUUAUAGGAGGUAUCAACUGCGUCAAUGAAGCUCCUCUGCCUGUGGACUUGAAGGAGUUUGUUGAUGGCUCAGGAGAUGACGGCUUUAUUGUCUUUACGCUGGGCUCAAUGGUGUCCAACAUGCCUGAGGAGAAGGCCAAACAGUUCUUUGAUGCCUUUCGUCAAAUUCCUCAAAGGGUCGUGUGGAGAUACACUGGAGUCCUCCCUGAAGAUGUACCGAAGAACGUGAGACUUAUGAAGUGGUUACCUCAGAAUGAUCUCCUAGCCCAUCCCAAAGCUAAACUCUUCAUCACACACGGAGGUACCCACGGUAUCUAUGAGGGUAUCUGUAAUGCCGUACCCAUGUUGAUGUUUCCACUGUUUGGGGACCAGGGAGAUAACGUGAAUCGCAUGGUGGACCGCGGUGUUGCAAUGAAACUUGGAAUUUAUGCUAUAACGACUGAAAGCCUAUUGGCUGCACUUAAUACAAUCAUCCAUGACAAAAGUUACAAAGAGAAGAUAGUGACGCUGUCUGAGAUACAUCUGGACCGUCCUGUUCCGCCUCUGGAACUGGCUGUUUUCUGGUCGGAGUUUGUCAUGAGACACAAAGGAGCCGCACACCUAAGGGUGGCUGCACAUGACUUAAACUGGAUUCAGUACCACAGCCUGGAUGUCUUUGGCUUUUUUGUCAUCAUUCUCAUCACUGUUCUGUGGGUGACACUCAAAUGCUGCUUGUUCUGCACCCGCAAGUGUUGCAGAAAGGGGACUCCAAAGAGAAAGCAUGAGUAGUGUGUGUGUGUGUGUGUGUGUGUGUGUGUGUGUGUGUGUGUGUGUGUGUGUGUGUGUGUGUGUGUAUGCAAUAUACUGUUAAAUCUCAGUCCAACUGCCAUUACAACCUCUUCAACCCAUGUUAUAUGCUAUUGGCAAUGAUUGAUGAAGCCAAGAAGCCAUUGUCUGGGAAGCAAACCUGUUUUUUAAACUUGUGUCGUGGAUUUAUUUGUAAUCAGUUGCGUCAUUCAUUUGAAAUAUGAUUCAUUCAUAUAUUUGCUUUCUCUACUUGUUUAACUGAACAGUUUACCAAUAACCAAUUCUUCUUCAUAUUAGCAUAUUUUGGGUUAUUAUUACUGUAAUAAUAAUUAGCCAUUACUAUAAACAUUAACAUGUUACAGUACCAGAACUAAUGUAAGUGGGAUAUGAGCUCAUUUUCUUUCAUAUUAUUUGCACAUAAAAUGCCUGCAGCUCUAUCUAGUGGUCAGUAGAUGCACUGGCAUAUGCUAUAUACCAGCUCUCUCAAAAAGCCUGUGCUGAUCUUUUUUGUUUCAUGUGUUUAAUAAGACUCACGCCAUGAUAGUUUAUCAAUAAGACAAGUGUGUGAAGGGUUAAUCAGAGAGCAUUCGUUCACAUCCCCAGAACAAGUGUUUUGACAAGUAUUUCAUAUACUGGCAUGUUCUGCAGUAAAUGCUUACUUGCUUCUUGGUAAAGGUUUAAAAAUUAAAAUAAAAUUAUAAGAACUAAUAUUAAAUUAUAAAUAAAUUAUAUAUAUAUAUGGAAGUAUGGAAGCCUAUUUCCGCCAGUAAAAAAAAAAAGUCCUAAUGGAAAGUCAUAAUUAAAAUGAUGAGAUAUUUUACACAACUGACAAGCUAGCAGCUUUUUGGCAUAAGUUCUCUUUAUUUAUCUUGACAAGGAAAUGGAUUGUGAGCACAUUGAGGACUACUUUAAGCGUGGAUUUACAACAGAGGAAAUACUUAAUUUGCUUGCUGAUUCACAUGGGGUUGAACUAAGCAAACACACACUUGAAAGAGUUUUGAGCAGGAAGCUGCUGUGGCGUCGAAAGAAUAAAACUGAUGUAGCUGAGGUGGCAACUUUCAUUGAACAGCAACUGGAAACAUCUGGUCAGUGUCAAGGGUGUGGCUGUUACAGA